UCUAGCUUCACAUACAAGCCAAAGCAAAUAUGGUCCUCCUUUCUGCCAAAUCCUGCUUUCAGCCUUUCUGUUAUGAUGGCUUCCAGGAGGAAAGCAGCAGCUACAGUUUCUCUAGUGACCUCCUUCCAUCUUUAGGAGCAAAGAUUAACCAGUCAAUCAAGCUGAGAAAGUUUAUAAUAUCACCCUACAAUCCUCGUUACAGAGCAUGGCAGAUGUUCCUGGUUCUCCUGGUUAUUUAUUCAGCCUGGAUCUGCCCAUUUGAACUAGCAUUUUUGAGAUACUUGCCACCCAAACUUUUCUGGGUUGAAAACAUCCUGAAUAGCUUUUUUGCAAUUGAUAUUAUUCUUACCUUUUUUGUCGCUUAUCUGGAUCGUAAAUCAUAUCUCUUGAUUGAUGAUCCAAAGAGAAUUGCAGCCAGAUAUCUAUCCUCCUGGUUCAUCUUUGACAUCUUAUCAACAGCUCCAUUUCAAGCAAUCAGCCUUCUCUUUGAAGGCAGUGGGAAUGACCUUGGUUUUAAAAUACUCAACAUGCUUAGACUGUGGCGGCUACGUCGGGUCAGUUCCCUUUUUUCAAGGCUUGAGAAGGAUAUCAGGUUCAAUUAUUUUUGGACACGAUGCACAAAGCUCAUCUUGGUAACUCUCUUUGCUGUACACUCUGCUGCAUGCUUCAAUUAUCUUAUUGCUGAUCGAUAUCCUAAUCCAAGGAGAACAUGGAUAGGUGCAGUGAUUUCAAACUUCAGAUCAGAAAAUCUGUGGACCAGAUAUGUAACUGCAAUGUACUGGUCCAUUACAACACUGACAACAACGGGAUAUGGUGACUUACAUGCUGAGAACUCAAGAGAAAUGCUUUUUGACAUCUUCUACAUGCUGUUUAAUUUGGGAUUGACAGCUUACCUCAUUGGAAACAUGACAAACCUUGUUGUACAUGGCACCAGCCGCACCCGAAACUUCAGAGACACAAUCCAGGCUGCUUUGGAAUUUGCAGCAAGAAAUCAGUUGCCCCAGCGUAUCAAGGAUCAAAUGCUAUCUCACAUAUGCUUAAGAUUCAAGACAGAAGGACUAAAACAGCAAGAAACUUUGAAUGAUCUACCAAAGGGCAUUAGUUCAAGCAUAGCAUAUUGCUUGUUCUUUCCAAUUUUACAACAAGUCCAACUUUUCCAUGGGGUUUCCUUUAACUUCCUUUAUCAACUGGUUACAGAAAUGCAAGCUGAGUAUUUUCCACCAAAGGAAGAUGUAAUACUGCAAAAUGAGGCAUCAACAGAUCUUUACAUAUUGGUAUCAGGAGCAGUGGAUUUGAUAUCAAAUAUUGGUGGAACUGAACAAGUUUACGAAAGGGUAGCUGCAGGAGAAGUGUUUGGGGAGAUAGGAGUCCUAUGUUGCAUGCCACAACCAUUUACUGCACGCACCAUUGAACUCUCACAAAUUCUAAGGCUGAGCAGCACCACAUUCAUGAACAUGUUUCAGGAGAAUACAGAAGAUGGGAAUACCAUUAGGAACAAUCUUUUACAGAAAAUGAAACUAGAACAAAGACCAUCUACCAGAGUAGACGAAAAUGGUCCACGAGUACAUGAUGAAUGGCUCAAAAAAGAAAAUCAGAGCCUCUCUUCGCAACACCAAGAUUACAAAGUUCAAGAACAACCAACACGGAGAUCAAUGGAGACAGGAGAUAUUCCAUGCACACCUCAAGAGUCAGUAUGUUAUGGCAUAAAAUUAAACGAUGCAGAAAGAUAUGCAGCAGAGCACAGGGAUGACCAAACAGCUCACUGCAAAAUCAUUAUUCUGGAUCAAGGAGUAAACAUGGACAAAGUAAAUGACAGCAAUGGGACAUCAACAGCUUUGACAGAGAAAGAUGCUUAUGAUGGUAGCUACGAAUUGUCAUUAAGAUACAGAAACAGAAUGUCCAUAAUAGAGAAUCAUCAAGUAGCAAACAUACAUAGAACAAACACCGUGACCGAAAUAAAGCAGGAACGAUUCCAGCAACUGAUGCAGUCAAAAUUUCCUGACAAAAUGAAGAAGACAAGCUCAGACCUUGGAAGCAGUGCAGUCAAUACCAGUGACACUCAAACAACCAACAAAAGGGUCAUCAUUCAUAUGCUUUCAAGAAAGUCAAGAAGUUCAAGAGAACAGAUCGGGAAGCUCAUAAACUUACCUGGUUCUUUAGAGGAGCUCUUUAAAACUGCUAGUCAGAAAUUCACUGGUUAUCAACCAACAAAGGUGGUCAAUCAAGAUAACGCAGAAAUAGAUGACAUUGCAGUUGUUCGAGAUGGAGACCAUUUAUUUCUCCUAGAGUUGUAAGGAAUCUUAGUUAUUUUACCAUAAAAAGGUCACAGAAGCUGAUGAUGCCUACUCAUGAAAGAUGCCAUGAUCUACGAGUUCUUAUCACCAUUUUCAAUACUAACCUCAAUAUGUAGAACUCAAGAAGUCCACA